AUGGCUGCCACUCAGGGGACCACUCAAGGGAAGGAGGGCGGGGACCAGAACUUUGACUACAUGUUCAAACUGCUGAUCAUUGGCAACAGCAGCGUGGGUAAAACCUCCUUCUUGUUCCGCUAUGCUGACGAUGCCUUCACCUCAGCUUUCGUCAGCACCGUGGGCAUCGACUUCAAAGUCAAGACCGUCUACAAGAACGACAAGAGGAUCAAACUGCAGAUCUGGGUAGGUCUGUCGCUAGAGUCCAGGGUACUCACUACUAUUCAUUCAACUGCAGUAUUGGCGUACCCAAUUGCCUUAGUUUAGGAAUGGUAAUUUAGAUUGGUUAUUUCCCUCGCUGUCAAGAUUUGUUAAAACAUUCCCCCAAAUGUAUGUUUGUUAAGUUUAACUACAAGUGUGCAUCUAGUCACAACCUGUCACAGGUUAGUCUGCACGUUGGCUGUUAGAAAUCUAUAACAAUGUAGAAGGCAGUAUCGUUACAAGCUUUAAGGGAUUGGGGUUUAUAAAUCACUUUAAACCCCAAUCCCUUAAAGCUUGUAAUGAUACUGCCAUUCUACAUUGUUAUAUAUUUCUAAAAGCCAAUGUGCAGACUAGGAUCCAGUCACAAUAACAUGAAAUGUGACAUUUGACAUUAAACAUUUGAGGUGGAUUGUGCUGCUAAGAUGAAUGAACGAGGCCUACAGUAAUUGAAUGCGAGGCAGGGCAGUGUAGAGAACGGAGACAGAUGGAUGUGUCAUUGUUGGCAGGAUGCUAAUAACCCUCAGCUGAAGAACAUCAUCACUGAACAACACUCCUCUCAGACUGUGUUCUCCUCCUGUGGGGGUCCAACCUCGCCUACAGCUUUUUUUAUUAGGAGAUUUGGAGUUCAAUGAGUUUCUGAGCACCUCUGAGACAGCUAAGGUUACAAUUGAAAGCCUGCUUCCUCCAAACACCCACUCUCUCUCUCCUAUAGAGGCAAUGCUGUUUGCUGUCAUAUUUACUGUCUGUUCUGCCAAUUCAUUGUUCCCAGACAGGACUGUAGCAGUUAAUCAGCUGAGGGUUGAAUGUAAACAGUUUAAAAAGGGUAAUGGGUUUUUGUCAGUUAAGCAAAAACAAGCGGUUCUAACAGAGGCAGGAUUGCCAGAGAGAGCAUUCAAUUGAAUAGCUCUAGGUUUUCUAAUUGGGCUGUUUGAGUACUGUACUAUUCCUGACAAGCCACAGUAUACCAGAAUUUACCAGUAAGAUUCAAAUAAGAUGGCCAACUGUCACUCUUCACGGACUGUACUAAAGAUUCUGUCCAUUUCUUGGGCUUAUUCACAGUGUAAACUGCUCUGUGGUGCCAUGGCGAUGCAUAAAUAAACUCAGUCAGUUUGUUUCUAAUGGAGCUCCUGUUCACUGGACUCAGCAGGAUUUUUCUGUCUUGCUGUGUCUUUUAGCUAAGAACAAGCAAAGCUGCCCACUCAAAUAGCCCCAAGAUUAAAAGAGUCAUUGUCAAGCACUUGGCCCUGAAUCGAUAGGGUAGGGAAAUGUGUGGAUGCAUACAGUAUGUCUUCAGUAUUCAGCCAAGAGGAAAGUCAGCAGUCAAAGCAUUGUCUAGAUGAAUGUUUAAUGUAAAGGAAUGUCACAGUCUUCAAAAAAAGAUAACCAUUUGCAGAAUAAAAAAAAAGGCUACAAUUAUUUCCUUAAAAAACAUGAUAUAGAAUUAGGUAAUGCUAUAGGCCUACUGUGCAUAUUGUAUUGUAUUGUACAAAAAAAUACUACAGUUCAUUGUUCACACGGAUAUAUAGACACACACACCUGAACAUCUACAAAUACGUCCAUACCUUAGUGUGUAUAUUUGUGGGUUUCCAUUGCUUCCAGCUGCUGUAUGAGGGAGAUUGAGGUAGACAGCCUCUGAGCUGUGUGUGCUUUUGAAGGUCAGAGUUGUCCUCUGGCUAACACACAGACACAAUUAUAGCCAUAUUCACAGAGAGAGCAGAGCAGGCCUCUCUCUGUAGCUAAUGUAACCUCCUCGCAGUGGAAAUAGCACACUACUGAGUGCCCCUAUACAAGAGGUUUAUUGUAAGCCCAUAGACAUGACAUAAUCAGUAUGAUAUGUCCAGUAGGUCUCAGCCACCACAGUGACUAAUCAGCAUGGCGUCUGAAAUGUAUUUCUAUUUCAAUGGUUAGCUACAGUAUAUCGGAUCAAACUGUUUGAAAUGAAUGGUUUGCUUCCCAUGGGGUGUGGAGACAUCACCAAACACCCUGUUGUGCUUGUAUCAAAUGCUCUGUUUGGGAUGGGCCCUGCAGACAUGGAGAGUGAUUUGGAUGAUUUGAUUUAUUGAUCACAGUGCAUUAUUCAUUUACUCGGGAGACUUGAACCUCUAGAAUCUGUGAAUAGAUAAUGACCAUCAUGAUAAUCACAGCUAGCCAAACUAGUCAGCGAUACAGGAUACAUGAUAAUCACAGCUAGCCAAACUAGUCAGCGAUACAGGAUACAUGAUAAUCUCAGCUAGCCAAACCAGCCAGCGAUGCAGGAUACAUGAUAAUUACAGCUAGCCAAACCAGCCAACGAUGCAGGAUACAUAAUAAUCACAGCUAGCCAAACCAGCCAGCGAUGCAGGAUACAUGAUAAUUACAGCUAGCCAAACCAGUCACCGAUGCAGGAUACAUGAUCAUCACAGCUAGCCAAACCAUUCAGCGAUGCAGGAUACAUGAUCAUCACAGCUAGCCAAACCAUUCAGCGAUGCAGGAUACAUGAUCAUCACAGCUAGCCAAACCAGUCAGCGAUGCAGGAUACAUGAUCAUUACAGCUAGCCAAACCAGUCAGCGAUGCAGGAUACAUGAUCAUUACAGCUAGCCAAACCAGUCACCGAUGCAGGAUACAUGAUCAUCACAGCUAGCCAAACCAUUCAGCGAUGCAGGAUACAUGAUCAUCACAGCUAGCCAAACCAGUCAGCGAUGCAGGAUACAUGAUCAUUACAGCUAGCCAAACCAUUCAGCGAUGCAGGAUACAUGAUCAUCACAGCUAGCCGAACCAGUCAGCGAUGCAGGAUACAUGAUCAUUACAGCUAGCCAAACCAACCAGCGAUGCAGGAUACAUGAUAAUCACAACCAGCCAAACCAGUCCAGAAUAAAUACACACAUGAAGGAUGGGAGACUUUCUGUGUGACUUACUGUGAGUGACUAUGUGUGACUGUGUGUGUGUGUGCCUGACUGCCUGCCUACAUCCAUGCUUGUGUGCAUGUGUUUGUGACCAGCAACAAUGUUCUGUAUCUCUCUCCAGGACACGGCAGGACAGGAGCGGUACCGGACCAUCACUACUGCAUACUACCGCGGAGCCAUGGGCUUUAUCCUUAUGUAUGACAUCACCAAUGAGGAGUCCUUCCAUUGUGUGCAGGACUGGUGAGUUCUACUGGGGUAGAAAACAAUUUCACCCUCUCAAAGAGGAAAAUUCAUGUUAAAUAGCACAGUUUACUUUAUAAUUGAAAACUAAUACGUGUCAGCAUUAACAGCUUUCAUCAGCACGUUGGAAGGGCUGCAAUUUUGUGUCAGUAUUUUGUAUCAUGAAAUACAGGAGGUAAGGAAGCAACUUCAGAUGACAUGUUUUGUUUUAAGUAUUGUUUACAUACUGUAUAUGUUAAAACAAGAUUCUCAGAAAGACUACGUAUCUUUAUGGACAACAGUGUGUUGUUGUUGGGUUGUAUUGAGACAGGAUGAGUAGAAGAUUUCUCCCUGUGAAGAAACAGACCCAAAUAGCUGACCUUCAUCCCUGUCAGUAUCUCCUUAUCUAAGCGUAUUGAUUAGAGUGCUUGUUGUCAGAGAGCCACUGGCCCAUCUGUGUGGGGGGGUCCCUGGGUAGGCCAAGGAAAGUCACGAAUCGCUGUCUUUGUGAGCCACAAAAGCUAUUUCCAUCUGAAUACUGAGUACCUACACUACCGCACCCUGUACUGUAUCUUUCCUGUAUCCUGGAUUCGACAUGAUUUAUUCCUAGAAAUAAGAACGCAAGAGAAGUCAAUAUCAUCAGUCACAAUUUUUUUUGUUUUUUUUUUGUUUGUUUUUUUCACCUUUAUUUAACCAGGUAAACCAGUUGAGAACAAGUUCUCAUUUACAACUGCGACCUGGCCAAGAUAAAGCAAAGCAGUGCGAUAAAAACAACAACACAGAGUUACAUAUGGGGUAAAACAAAACAAAGUCAAAAAAAUACAACAGAAAUACAUAUAUAUACAGUGUGUGCAAAUUUAGCAAGUUAUGGAGGUAAGGCAAUAAAAUAGGCUAUAGUGCAAAAUAAUUACAAUUAGUAUUAACACUGGAAUGAUAGAUGUGCAAGAGAUGAUGUGCAAAUAGAGAUACUGGGGUACAAAUGAGCAAGUUAUGGAGGUAAGGCAAUAAAAUAAUUACAAUUAGUAUUAACACUGGAAUGAUAGAUGUGCAAGAGAUGAUGUGCAAAUAGAGAUACUGGGGUACAAAUGAGCAAAAUAAAUAACAAUAUAGGGAUGAGGUAGUUGGGCGGGCUAAUUUCAGAUGGGCUGUGUACAGGUGCAGUGAUCGGUAAGGUGCUCUGACAACUGAUGCUUAAAGUUAGUGAGGGAGAUAAGUGUCUCCAGCUUCAGAGAUUUUUGCAAUUUGUUCCAGUCAUUGGCAGCAGAGAACUGGAAGGAAUUGCGGCCAAAGGAGGUGUUGGCUUUGGGGAUGACCAGUGAGAUAUACCUGCUGGAGCGCAGACUACGGGUGGGUGUUGCUAUGGUGACCAAUGAGCUAAGAUAAGGUGGGGAUUUGCCUAGCAGUGAUUUAUAGAUGGCCUGGAGCCAGUGGGUUUGGCGACGAAUAUGUAGUGAGGACCAGCCAACAAGAGCGUACAGGUCACAGUGGUGGGUAUUAUAUGGGGCUUUGGAGACAAAACGGAUGGCACUGUGAUAGACUACAUCCAAUGACCAGGUUUCUGAGAUAAACUCUACCAGAAUAGUUUAAGAAAGAGAAUGUUUUGAUGGAUGCACUUGACAAAACGAUUAAAUGUCUCAAGGUGAAACAAAAAGAAAAAUGUUUUCUCAAUUGUGUAGAGAGAAUGUGAUUUUGACUACUGUGUUUUUUCUUUGAGUGUACAGUAUGGGCGUGUCACAUCAACACUAGUGUUGGUAUGUUGAGUAGGGCAUCUGUGUAGUAAGUAGACAGGUUAAACAUCUCUGUUCCCUGUGGUUGUGUAGAUCCAGGUGUUGUGGCCAGACGUUGUGACCCCUCCCUCCCUGUAGCAUGUUUACACCUCACUGCUGUGGCCUUAUCUCACCCUCACAGCCCAACAGGAUUAUGGGAGCACAUAGAGGAAAGGGGCGCUCACGAUCACUACGGCAACGCACUGAUGUACUGUCGGAUGACUAACUGCUAAGAAAGGAAGAAAACACAUUUAUUUAACAGGCUCUCUGUAUGAGACAUUGCAAUGCAAUCUAAUUUAACAGCAGCUACUGUAGAAUCUUGAACUGCUCUAUUCUGAAGUCUUGAUACUAGUUAGCUAAUGACUGUCAUUAUCUUGGAGCUGUUCAAAUCAGUGAGCUUGUUCACUAAAGCCUUAGCACUUUCUAUGAAGUACAUACAUAUAAUGCUAUAUAACAUCCUUUAUAAUGUGUUAUAACACUGACUAUAAGCAUCCAUAAUAACUGAUAAGUGGUAAUGAAACCCUGUAUGAUGUUUUAUAGAUCAUUAACUAUAAUGACUUAUGAGACUAUAUAUUAGGAUGUUAUAAAGCAUGAUACAUAUGUCAUCCUUUAUUAUUCUGAACGAACAACCUGAACAGACUUCUUCUUAUGGUAGGCUUUAUUCCAUUCUUAUUUUCCAUUAUUCUUCCUGGUUAGAAGGUUGAGGGUAAAGAUACAUGUUUUCCAUGGCAACGGCUCGUUCCCUGCCAAGAUGUGUGUGAAUGAGCUCCUGUCCUGACACACACUAAUUUCCUGUGUGUGACGCAGUUGUCUCCGGACAGUGACGGAGGCACGCUGGGCUUAUCACAGAAACACUGCUGCUCUCCUGGUUAUUGACCAUUGAAACACAGAACUAAUAAUUGUGAGAGAUAAACAUAGAUACCAGUAAUUAUUUCACCACUAAAUAUAGGCUAGACUAGAGGAAGAUUAUAAACAUUCAGUGCAAACCCCAUUUCAGAGCAGCUGUUUUUGACCAGGAUGUCAUUGUGAAUAAUAUCAUCAGUCAACAGUCAGAUGUGAAUUGACCUAUAUCUGAACUCGUAUGACCAGUCUGACCUGGACUGAGUAGUGCUGACAUCACGGUACACUACUGUGUGCAGAUGUUAUUGCAGGUACAGCGAAAUGCUUAUGUUUCUAGCUCCAACAGUAAUACCUAGCAAUACAAUAACAAUACACACAUAAUACAAAAAUUAAAAAACAAGAAACUAUCAGAACGAGCAAUGUCAGAGUCCAGAAUAUAACUAUAUAUAUAAAUGGUGUGUAUAGACAGUAUGGACAUAACACAAAAAAUUCACAAAACUGCAAAGUUGGCUAGGAGCUAGAAGCAGGACGGCGGUGUCUGUCACCAUUCUGUUGGUUUGAUGGAGGAGAUAUGUUGUUGUUUACUGUAUCAGCUUGUUGCCUAUAGCAUUUAGUAGAUAGAUGCAGUGCUCUGUUUUGAGUUUGAGUUCCUGUUUUCUUCUGUGUGUGUGUAUGUGUGUGUGUGUGUGUGUGUGUGUGACUGUGUGUGUGUGUGCAGGUCGACCCAGAUUAAGACCUAUUCGUGGGACAACGCCCAGGUGGUGCUGGCUGGGAACAAGUGUGACAUGGAGGAGGAGAGGGUGGUGGCUGCAGACAGUGGGAGACAGCUGGCAGAACAACUGGGUGAGCUGCUGUCAUUUGAUUGAUCAGGGACACUUUAUAGUGGCAGAGAUGAAAUAAUGAACACAUUGAAUGUUCAACAGUCAGAUACGGAGCAUUAUAAUGCGUUAGCUCAUGCUGAUUCACAGCACUGGUGCCAUUGACUUAUUUUAAACAUAACGUACAUCAUUUGACGGGCUUUAUGUGGACAAUUUACUUCUUGUAAACAUCAUCUACAAUGUUCAUAUACUAUUUAUCUCCUUCUCUCCCUCGCGAUUACUCCGCAGGUUUUGAGUUCUUUGAAACAAGUGCCAAGGACAACAUCAAUGUCAAGCAGACCUUUGAGCGCCUCGUUGACAUCAUCUGUGACAGGAUGUCCGAGAGCCUGGACACUGAUCCUGCCGUUACCACGGGAACGCCUAGCACCAAACUGACAGACAGCGCCCCGCCCCUCCAGCAGCCCGCCUGUAACUGUUAGUGGCUCCUCCCACUCCCUCUGUUGCCAAGAUACCCAGUCCCUUAGAUAUAGUUUGCAUCCCAAAUGGCACCCUUUCCCUAUAUAAUGCACUACUUU